AACAAACUCGAACCGGGCGCUCCGCUCUCCCCUCCGCAACCUCGCACUCGUCUCGUCUUCACCACAUCUCGCUCGCCGCUAGGGUUUUCGCCGCACCCCUCGGUCGCCGAUCUCGCCCGACAUGGACGCCGGCACCAUGGGCUCCGCCUCCGACGCGCCCACCACCGGGGAGCACCGGAUGGGCACCACCAUCGUCGGCGUCUGCUACGACGGCGGCGUCGUCCUCGCCGCCGACUCCCGGACCAGCACCGGAAUGUAUGUGGCAAACCGUGCUUCGGACAAGAUUAGUCAGCUGACAGAUAAUGUCUAUGUCUGCCGCUCUGGAUCUGCUGCUGAUACACAAGUUAUUUCGGAUUAUGUACGCUAUUUUCUCCACCAACACACAAUUCAGAGUGGGCAACCAGCUACUGUGAAAGUUGCAUCCAACUUAGUUAGGUUGUUGGCCUAUCAGAACAAGAGUAUGUUGCAAGCUGGAAUGAUAGUUGGUGGAUGGGAUAAAUAUGAGGGUGGCCAAAUUUACUCGGUCCCUCUUGGUGGAACGAUUCUGAGGCAACCGUUUGCAAUUGGAGGAUCUGGUUCCAGUUACUUGUAUGGAUUGAUGGAUCAUGAAUGGAAAGAGGGGAUGACCCAGGAAGAAGCUGAGAAGUUUGUGGUGAAGGUGGUUUCCCUUGCUAUUGCCCGUGAUGGUGCUAGUGGAGGGGUUGUUCGCACCGUCACUAUAAAUGCCGAAGGUGUUAAGAGGAGCUUUCACCCUGGUGACAAACUGCCGCUGUGGCAUGAAGAGCUGGAGCCCCAGAACUCUCUCCUUGAUAUACUCGCCGCUGGAAACCCUGAUCCGAUGGACCAUUGAAUUUGCCCUGCAGACUACUUUUGUCUACUGUACCUGACUGUUCUAGAUUCGAACUUAAUACUUGGAAGAUCCGCUGAACUAUGCCACACCAGUGUGUUUUCCCCCGUAUUUUUAUGAUUAAUAGUACAUUGCUUGUUGCUCGGUGCAGUCA